UUCAGUAAGGAAGGGACUUUUCAGACUGCGCAUUAAGCCCCCCGACAAUCUUUGCUGAAAGCUGCUCAGCGACGAUGUUGGAAAGCCAAGUUUGGGGCCAUUGCCAGAUGAGAUAAACUGAUUAACUACUUGUGGUUACCUUUCUCCAUCGAUUUUAAACGGCAUGUUGUACGGCGGCUUAUAGUUCUAUUCUCGAAAAAAGGCAGGCUGAAAGGGAUCACCAAUGGGGGUCUCAGUGGGGCAUCGCAGUAACCCUCAGGAAGAGAAGGAGGCCAUUGUGCCUCAGGACGCAGGAAAGAGGAGGCUGUCCCGCAAGGACUAUGGAACCACCAGUGUUGACAACUCAAGUGACUGCCCUACCUGUCAGGGGACAGGACGCAUCCCUAGAGGCCAGGAAAGCCAACUAGUGGCAGUCAUCCCCUGUAGUGACCAAAGGCUGAAGCCCAGGCACACGAAGCUGUAUGUGUGUGUGUCGGUGGUGCUUUGUCUCCUGAUCUGCGCACUGGUCCUCUUCUUCCUCUUCCCCCGGAGUGUCUCACUUUCACCCGUGGCCAUCAAUUCUGCCUACGUCUUCUUCACCCCGAAAACCGUCGAAAUGAAUGUCACGAAUGUGGUCAACAUUACCAACGAGAACUUUGUGACUGUCCAAGCCUGCAACUUGGACUUGCAGGUCUUGAUCUACGAUACCAUUGUGGGCAGGGCCAAGGUCUCUAAUGUCACCACCAUCAAACCACGCUCUCAGAAAGCGUACACCUAUGUGGUUCCAGUUACAAUUGAUGAUGAUGGCCUAAACAAUUACUGCAAGUCAACCUCCAUCAGGAUUCACACUCUGUUUUUGCAUUUGCAGAUGACGAUGAGGGUGUACUAUCUGGCACACUCUGAGCAGCUGUCCAUGGACACAUUUGAGUAUGUUGACUGUGGGACUAACUCUACUGUCCCCCACAUUAUUUGACUCCUGCCUGCCUUGAGAGCAAGUUAUUGGAGCCCAGAGAGAUGGAAAGGGCAUGGGUGAGAUUUUGCUCCCUGGGACAGCUGAAAUCAGCAGGAGCAUUCUGUGUUGGU